GCACCAUCUCUCUCCAAAAAUAAUUUUUUUUAAAUAGUAGUAGUAUGGCUAAUAAUUUUUUUCAAUAUUAGAUCAUAGACGAAAGGAAGGGUUUAGUUAAGUUACAAUAAAACAUUAUAAUACCAUAAAUUCAUAUAUAUCAAGAUGUCAGAGAGUAUAGACCAGAGUAAACUUACUAAGAAACAAAGAAAAGCUCUUGAGUUCCGUGAGAAGAAGACCAAAGAGGAAAGAGUAGAAGCUAAAGAAGAGAAGAAGAAGAUUAAUGAAGAAAAGAAGAUUGAAUUAAGUAAACAAAAGGAAGAGAAGAAAGAACAAGAGAAGAAAAGAAAACUAGAAGAAACUGAAGCUGCUGAAGCUGCAGCCAAAGCAGCCGAAGGUGAGCCUAAAAAGAAAAGAAAGACUAGAAGAGGUAAGAAAGGUAAAGGUGUGAAUGAAGGUAAAGGACCAAGAUUCAUAUUAUUUGUGGGUAAUUUACCAUUUGAUAUUGAACAAACUGAAUUAUUAAGUCAUUUUAAGAAUAGUAAUCCUGAUAGAGUUAGAAUCAGACAAGAUAAGGGGAUAGCAUUUUUAGAAUUUGAUAAUGAUUCUCAAGAAAUUCAAAGUAAAAUGGAAUUAAGUUUAAAAAUGCAUCAUACUAUACUUAGAAAUCGUAAAAUAAAUGUGGAAUUAACUGUUGGUGGUGGUGGUAAUUCAGCUAAUAGAUUAUCUAAGUUAAAGGAUAAGAAUGAUAAAUUAUUAGAGGAAAGAAAGCAAAGAGUUAUAGAAGCUAGAAAGAAUGAAGCUAAGAAGGUUAAAACUACCGAUAAUACCGAAUCAACAACAGCCAAUGAAUCACGUCCUGCUUCUAAUAUUCAUCCUUCAAGAGCUGCAUUAAUCAAUUAGAUAGAUCACCCUACCGUUUGUAUACUAGAUAUGUACGAUUAAAUAUUUAUAAACAAAAACAUGCAUUAAUUAAUUCAAAUAUAAAAUUUAGAAUUGAAAAUAAAAGAGAAACAUAUUAUAAUUAAAUUGAUACAUUAAACUAAGACAGAUUAGAUUAAAAUUAGAGAAU